CUGUAACACAUAAUCAAACAAUAUAAAGAAGACCCUAUUAGGACUAUCAUCCUCGGAGAUCUAUUGUUCUUCUCAGUUUCUUCCGCUGUCUCCUCCUCCCACCAAUUUUCUCCCACAAAAUCUCUCCUUUUGUUCACUGUUUUUCUGUUUCUUUUUAACUCUGCAAGCAAAACCCACAAAAUCCCAGCUCUUUUUUCCUUUUUUUUUUUCGCUUUUUUGUGAUGGCGAGUGGAGGCGGAUAUGGUGAUGCAAGCCAGAAAGUGGACUAUGUGUUCAAAGUGGUCCUAAUAGGAGAUUCAGCUGUGGGUAAGUCUCAAAUUCUUGCUCGGUUUGCUAGGAAUGAAUUCAGUUUGGAUUCCAAGGCCACCAUUGGUGUUGAGUUCCAGACUCGAACGCUUGUUAUUCAGCACAAGUCCGUUAAAGCCCAGAUCUGGGACACUGCUGGCCAAGAAAGGUACAGAGCUGUCACGAGUGCAUACUAUAGGGGAGCUGUUGGGGCAAUGUUGGUUUAUGAUAUAACAAAGCGCCAGACAUUUGAUCACAUACCUCGCUGGCUGGAAGAAUUGCGUGCUCAUGCUGACAAGAACAUUGUCAUUAUGUUGAUUGGAAACAAGAUCGACCUUGAAGACCAACGAGCGGUUCCUACUGAGGAUGCCAAAGAAUUCGCCCAGAAGGAAGGACUGUUCUUCUUGGAGACCUCUGCCCUUGAAGCAACAAAUGUGGAGACAGCUUUCACGACUGUAUUGACUGAAAUCUUCAAUAUUGUCAGUCGGAAAAAUCUUGCUGCAAAUGAAGAUCAAGCUAAUGGUAACCCUGCAUCAUUAGCUGGGAAAAAGAUCAUUGUUCCUGGCCCUGCACAAGUAAUUCCAGAGAAGAAAGCAUGCUGCUCGUCCUGAUGAUUCGGUGGUUCUUUUGGUUGAAACUUUAGUGGCUUUGGGGAGGUCUAUUUGUAUGGUUGUAAAUCUUGUUCUCAUAGUUUUACUUUGGAGGGAAAUGAGUUUUUCUUUUUUUGGCGAUUUUGAGGUGGAGAAGGUUGCAUUACUAUAGGCACUUAUUAUCAUUCGAUCUAUAGGUGUCAAUUGAACCAAUUCUUUAUGGUUUUACCGUCUGUUUUAUGGGAUGUGCGUAAAUUGAUAUUGAAUUUCAGUGAUUCAACUAUUGGAGUUUCAUUUCUAUGAGGGGGUGUAAACAAUUGAAAACAAUUCAUUGGUUAGUUUAUAAGUUAACUGUAACGGAGUGAAGUUGACCAUGCCCG